UUGCAGACGAUAGAGGACGACUCUGGAAGCAUCAACCUCAGAUACUACCCGGAUGUUAAAGGUCUUCAAAGUUUCAGAAAUUCUCUGAAAACAUUUCUAGAAACAGAGUUCGACUCCCACCAGCCUCUAGACGCCAACAACAUUAUUGUAGCAUGUGGCGUCACGGCACUUUUGGACGGACUGGGGUUUUCACUGGCAGAUGAAGGAGAUUACAUCAUGACGACAUCACCCUACUACUACCGCAUCAAGAACGACAUGUUUGAGAGGGCAGGGGUCAACACCCUGGAGGUGCCGCUCGUUGCUAAGCCAAAAUCAAGCCACACGAAGCCAUACAGUCUUGAUGUUCACAGACUAGAAGCCUCAUAUUUGGAAGCUGAGAAGUCGGGCAAGCGGGUCAAGGCCAUUCUGAUUGUCAACCCCAACAACCCGCUUGGUGACGUGUACACGGCACAGCAGCUGCAGGCUCUGCUGGACUUCGCUGCCAGGUAUAAACUGUACGUCAUUGUGGACGAGAUAUACGCCAUGUCUGUGUUUGACCCGGAAGUAACGUUUACAAGCAUACUCUCGCUGAACCAACCUGACCCAGACAGAGUUAUCUUUCUAUGGGGUUUCAGCAAGGACUUUGGCUUGUCUGGCUACCGCUGUGGUGUACUCUACUCCACCAACACUACCCUGGUCUCGUACAUGGCUAGUCUCGGCAUUUACCAACUCACCCCGCCGCUGGUUCAGAGAAGACUGAAACAUUUUAUAGACGAUAGAGGUAAACUUUUUGUUAGCCUUCUCUUCGCUUCUAGAUCUCUCGUAGAGAAGGCUGAAACACUUUAUAGACGACAGAGGUAAACUUUUUGUUAGCCUUCUCUUCGCUUCUAGAUCUCUCGUAGAGAAGGCUGAAACACUUUAUAGACGACAGAGAAUGGUUACAUGCUACCUACCUGCCCACACUGAGAAGACGGUUACAAAAACAUCACAAGAUGUUCCAAGAUGCGCUGACCAGGUGUGGUCUGGAUGUCCAUCCGUGUUCUGGCGCCAUCUUUAUCUGGAUCGACGCCUCAAAGUACCUACCAGAAGAAAGUUUCCUGGCAGAAGAGUGGCUGUUUGAAGAGUUCAUGAAAGAGAAAGUUUUUCUCCUGCCUGGCCAAGCCUGCUACAGCCAAAAUCCUGGCUGCUUCAGGAUUGUGUUUUCAUUGGAUGAGAACACCUGCACAGAAGGAAUAAAAAGAAUUCAGAAUGUUCUGAGAAGAAUCAGACCCAGCCACUUGCCCAAUGGAUUUUAAAAACUUGAAUUUUCUUUUCAUCCUGUACAGAAAAUAUACUCUCAUUAUUGUGAACAAUAGAAUUCCUAUAUUGUCGUUUAGUCUUACCAUUACAUUGAUAUUAAUAUUUUAUUUUUAAAAAUAUAACAAUACAUUAAUAAGAUGUAUUAUUUUACAAUAAAUUCAUCAGUCAAAUAUGAAAUAGAUGCAUAAUUUUUAUAUUUGGUUUUGUAAGCAUUUAAACAAUCACAUUUUGGCGAUUUAAAUAAACUAAAAACAAUUUCAAAUGUCUAUUGUAGUUACACUUGUUUAAUGUUUUCAAUCAAUAAUGUCUACAUGAUACAUCCUUGUGUAACAUAUAAUGCACACUUAUACGUGAACUUACUUUUCUGCUAUUUGUUAAGAGGAUCUAAUACAAUUCUUAAUUGUAAUUAGUUGUAAAUGGAUGAAGAAAUAAAUGAUGAAAUAAUGUAUUGUCUUUGCAAGAUAAAAAUGUGGUAAUGUCAAAAUUUUAUGUUAACCAAUAUUAACUUUAAUAAGUAUUUUAACAGUUGUAUUCUUAUAACAUCUAAUGUUUGAGUUGUUUGAAAUGCUAAAUAAAAAACCUCAAAA